CGUUUGACAUGUCGUUAUCGUAAACUUCGCAGCAACAUAAUAGUUCCGAAAUUUUGUGAUUUAAAUUUAUUAAAUAGAAUUUUACUAAAGUAUAACAGGGCGACCGUUUACAUCAUUCAAUGAAUAUCCGUUAACUCAAAUUCGCGAGCAGAUCAAUAUUUCAAAACCUGGUAAAAGUUGUUCAUCAUUCCUUAUUGGCAAAUGACCAAAACUGGAUUCCGGAAGUAGGAAGAGAGGCAGAAAACAUUGGGUGAAAAUAAUGGACGAUACAGAUGUGGAGAUGGCUCAGGACGAGCCAAAAUCUACAGAUAUAUCGUCAGCAUGGUUGGAUCAUUUUUUGAAGGGUAACUUUGAAGCCGCAGAGUUCAAACAUCACUGGUCCCGUUGGGUACCUAAAAUUUAUAGCCCCGCGCUUAGCGAGAACUGUCUGAAUUGGACCUUUAACGAAACCUUAGCUCAGGAAGUGUUAUUUUUGCCGCUCGAAGAGUUUAUAUGCAACGGAAAUCCCGACGAGGUGUUCAAACAUAUUAGCGAGUUAAACAAGCAACCGUCAGUGUGCGGGAAAUUUUUCAAAAACGCAGAUCCGACUUACUCUUGCCGCGAAUGCGGAAUGGAUAAGACGUGCGUAUUAUGUGUGGAAUGUUUCAAACAUUCCGAGCACCGUUUCCACAAGUACCGGAUGGGGAUGUCGGGAGGCGGAGGUUGUUGCGACUGCGGCGACGUAGAAGCAUGGAAGAGGGCGCCGUUUUGCGAACUGCACAGGGGUGAUCAGUCGGAAGGCGACGGCAAAGGUAUUCUCGCACCGGAUUUACUGGAAAGGACCCGACUCGUGUUCGAUACAGUCUUGUGGUACGCGUUUCGCCGAUUGACUACAGACUUGGUGGCCAGUUUGAAAUCGGACGGAAUUUCAGAAGACAUCUUCGAUCUGGAUGAGUACUGCACCAUACUUUACAAUGACGAGGUGCACACAUUUGAGCAGGUGAUAAACACUCUUGGUCGGGUGCUCAAGUGCACUCAGAGGUCGUCGACCGAGUUUGUCACUAGUAUAGACCGUGAAGGGAGAGCUAUAGUCAAGUGCUCCACUUUCCAGCACUGCUCCGACUUGAAGCAAGAAAUCGAAAAGUAUACGUCGAAGCACGGCAGCAAACCAUUAAAGGUUUUGGUGAAUCACACCCACGUGAUCGCCCAUCAGAUCUUCGCAAUGAAACUGUUGAACUGGCUCGAAAAACUGUUGGGCAACGGAGCGGCGUUUAGAGCGGUUUUUUCGGAAUGCGCGUCGAAACCACCUCAGCCGAUGAGACCGUGUUUGAUAACGGAAAUCAUGUUGUACGAUUCGACCUUGUGGAAAAGCGCCCGGACCCAGUGGCACCGGCUGCUGAUAGCCGGGAUGCUUUUAGAAUACGAGAACAAAAAAACCCUUGCCAAACUGUUUACGAAAAAUUACGCGCAGAUUAUGAAAGAUUUUAUUAGGGACGAUCACGAGCACUCGUACUCAAUAUCGUCGCUCGCCGUUCAACUCUAUACCGUCCCUACUUUGGCUCAGCACUUGAUAGAGAAUGAUGACGUAUUGUUCAUCCUAUUGAACACGUUGAUGUCUGAAUACGAUAAAAAAUGCAACAAGGCGGGCAAAUUGGAGUUCGAGCGUAAUCCUUCGUUUCACACGUUCAAAAGGACCUUGUUCAUGCUCUACGACCUGAAGUAUUUGCUUACUUACCCGCCGGAACGCUGGACCGAUAACUUGAGGCGAAGCUUCCUUCACGGAUUUUCCGUUUUGCUCACGCUUCUUGUGAAGAUGCAAGGAAUGGACGCGGUCACGAGGCAAGUAGGUCAGCACAUGGAAUACGAGCCAGAAUGGGAAUCCGGUUUUAACCUCCACAUCAAACUAGCAUAUUGUAUAUCUCAGGUUAUAGAAUGGUGCGGAACGGAUCGCGUGAUCCUCAUCAAAGCGUACCGCUUGGUGUUGAAAGCGUUGGAAGAGAACCCGUGCUACGAGCCGAACGAAGCGGGCGAAGUGCGAGAACUGGCCGAUCACGGCACCGCGUGUCUACACUACGACGUGUCGUCAAAACCCGUUUCCAUACACUUGCCGCUCACGCGACUCUUGGCCGCACUGCACCUUCGCCUCGAAAAGUUCGGCCUGCAUUUCGACGGCCAAGAGUUUCAGGUGGUCAAACCCACUCCGGUGCAGAUUAUCGAACCGGUGCUCAGAGCUCAAGUGAUGAUCGCUCAAGUCCACGCGGGCAUGUGGCGCAGAAACGGUUACGCGCUACUCAACACCCUCUACUUUUACCACAACGUCAAAUGUCGCACGGAAAUGCUCGACCGAGACAUCGCGCUGCUUCAGAUUGGCGCCUCGCUGAUCGAGAGCAACGAAUUUCUGAUACACGUGCUGAACAAAUUCAACCUGAUUAACUGGGCGUUGCCCGACUUUGAAACCAACUCCCUCAAAGCGUCCGAGGACGAUAAUAUGCGUCAGACGAUUAAUUUGGUCGAGGAGUUGCUUCACCUGCUCGUAGUGAUUGUGGGCGAGAGGUACAUGCCAGGGGUGAGCGAUGUGACUGUGAAGGACCGCAUAAAAAAGGACGUGCUGCAAAGUCUGUGCAUCAAGCCGGCACCGCACUCCGAAUUGGUCAAGUGCGUCUCUGACGACUUGGAAAUUGAAGACGGUAUCGUCGACAAGGUAAUCCACGAGAUCGCGGUAUUCAAAAGUCCCACCCAAUCGACGGGCAAGGGUGUGUACGAGCUGAAGGAGGAGUACUUUAACGACUUCAACGUGUUCUUUUAUCACUACACUCGCGAGGAGCUGUCCAAAGCGGAGGAGGCGCAGAGAAAAAGGCGCAAGGCGGCCGGGGAGCUCGAGUGCUGCCCCCCGCCCAAAUUGCCGAAGUUGACCGAGUCGUUCGCACUGCUGGUGAACCUGCUGCAGUGCGACGUGAUGCUCCAUGUAAUGCGCACCGUGUUCGAGAGGUGUCUCAAUCUGCGUGCGAGAAGCUUUUCUGAACCGCAGCUCCACAAGGUGUUGCACCUUAUUGGUUAUGCGCUGUUAGAAGAGCAGUCGGGAAACUAUCCGUUCUUCAGGUUUGUGGAGAACGCCUCCAAAUUCGGGAUCUUCACCCUGAUGGAGGAGAUCGUGAAGAGUCCGAGGAUUGACGCCCACAAGGGAAUCCUGCGGUGGAUUUUGAUCAAGUACCAGGAGGUAGCCAGCAAAGGUGGACAAACGGCGAACGCGCAGGGCGAAUGCGGUGCCGCGACCGAGAACGCGGACAACGAGAAGGAACGGCGAGCGAAACUGGCGGCGGAGAAGCGAGCAAAAAUCAUGGCGCAGAUGCAGGCGAUGCAAAAGAAUUUCAUCAAGGAAAACGCGAAACUGUUUGAAGAAACCGCGGGCAUGGACACGGGCGCCGAGAAUACCGAACACCCGGUAGCGAUGGAGGUGGCAGAGAGUCGACCGAUCGCGCUCGGCCCGAACCAAUCGCAACGCGUCAGCGUCGAGAAAACAUUCACGUGCAUCCUGUGUCAGGAGACUGAAAAAAUAACGGCCGACGGACCAGCAAUGGUCCUGGCCGCGUUCGUUCAACAGAGCACCGUCCUCUGUCAGCACAAGAACAACAAAACGUUGCUGGACCUCGGCCAACAUGACCCGUUGUUCCUGCACGCAAACCUCGGUCCCGCCCCGCAUACCAGCACCUGCGGCCACGUGAUGCAUAGCGACUGCUGGCGCAAGUAUUUCGACAGCGUGAUGGUGCGCGAACACAGACGACCCUACCGACUGAGGCACCCGUCGAGUUUCGACGUCGACAAGCAGGAAUUUUUGUGUCCGCUCUGCGAAUGUCUGAGCAACACGGUGCUGCCGUUGGUACCGUCGCUCUACAAGCUGCAGCCCAGUUUGCCGCGGAACGACACCUCGUUCGAGGACUGGCUCGCCGACAUCAACCUCGUCCUAGAGAAGAAAACGCGGGUGUGCCACGGCAUAUUCCAGUGCAAUUUGACAGAACGCUGCGAGAACCUACACUGCGUCGCAUGCGUGAACGCGUCCAGCGGCACGAGCAUCGACCAGGACUCGUCCGACGAGUGCGACGUCAAUUGCAUCCUGCAGCCGCACCAGGUGUUUUACGCUUGCCCCGUGGACGGGACGAGCGGCGAUUUGUCGCCCGGUUUCGUGGCCAUGUUCCCGACCACUCCGACGAUCGCCGUAGGGAGUAACCUUAAGGAAAUGAUCCAGGUGUUUGCGCAGGUAACCUACACCAGGGGACUUAACGUAAACCCGCAUCCGUCAGACAAGAGGCUCGCGCCUCUCGCGUGGAAAUCUCUCGCCUACACCAUAUAUUCUAUCGAACUGACGCUGCAGUCUUCUGGCAAGCCGGUACUGGGGGCGCUUACCAGCAGGCAACGCGAUUCGAUCGAGAACCUGGUGAAGGUGGUGGCCGCGUUGGGCGGGACCUGGUCCCGCAGCGUCGUCAUCAACAGUCACGCCCUUUAUCUGCUCUCCGUGCUGUUCGAGAACAGUAACGAGAACCCGUCGCUGCUGUUGUUCGAUUCGUUCGGAUUCCUCGUCUCUUUGACGUUCGCCCUGCCCAGUCUAUUGGCGAAAGACGCUCCGUGUCCCGUGCCAACCGGCGGCACCCUCGAAUGGCACGUGCUGAGAACGAUAUUCGUCUCGCAUAUAGUCAAGAUUUUGAUCCUGCUGAAGCCGGACGAAAUGAUCGCGGACGAGAGCGAAACAGACGAGGACGCAGACGCGGCCAACGAUAUUCUCGAAGUGCUAACCAUUAUCGGAAAACACAGAGACGGUUUGAACGGAAGCGACGUGUGGCAACACGUGAAGGCGUCCUGCUACCCGUUCCUGCGAUGCUGCGUCCUAUUUUACCAUUACCUGACUGACGUGCCCGGUUCUGGGCAACUCGCGCGUCCCGGCGGCGCCACCUUCGACGAGAUUUGCUCGUACCUCGACCUGCCGACCUCCCCCGGUGAUUUGUUUCGAUCUCGUUACGUGCGCGCUCUGAUCGAGCGUUGGUGCGGUCACGAGGAGGUGGCCGCUUACUUGGCCGGGUCUCCUUUGCUAGUUAUCGAGGAGCCGGUCAAGUUACCGCGGCUCGUAGACCUGCCCGACGAUUACAGCGAACUGAUCAACGCCGCGUCCACGUUCAAGUGUCCAAACAACGAGGAGGACUGCCGCAAUCCCACCAUGUGUUUGGCUUGCGGAAAAAUAUUGUGCUCCCAGAGUUACUGUUGCCAGGCGGAGUUUAACAAGAUCGCGGUGGGCGCGUGCAAUCUGCACGCGAGCAAAUGCGGCGCAGGGGUGGGGAUAUUCCUGCGCAUACGCGAUUGCGAGCUGCUGCUGCUCACAGCGCCACACCGCGGCUGUUUCAUCGUGCCGCCCUACUUGGACGAUCACGGGGAAACUGAUCAGGGUCUGAGACGGGGUAACCCGUUGAAAUUGAGCCGCGAACGAUACGAGAAACUGCAGAAUCUGUGGCUCGCCCACGGCAUACACGAAGAAAUCGCGCGGCAGAUAGAGACCAGUAAUCAUAUAGUAGCCACCCAGUGGAACAUGUUGUAGACGAGGAGAAUGUCGCCGAAAAGGGCAACGGAAACGUGCUCCGGCUUUGUACCAACACACCUGCGGUUCUCGGAGAUUGUCAAUUGAUACGAAAAGUUUGAGGAAUCGCGCACCAUUAUUGAUCGACGAGGUUGGUACAAUUUCGGACGAGAAAAUUUUUAAAUUCAAAGUGAGAUUCUUUGCUUAGGAGCUAUUGAGAUUUCUUCGUUGAAUGUGUUUAUGAUAAUGUGAUUUUGAAAAUAUUUAGAUGUAAAUUACACGGUUUGUAUAUAUAUAAUUCUAAUAAAAGUUUUUAGUUUUAA